AUGGUAGCAUCCCAGAGAGGCUUUACGCUCAUCGUGAGGAUUCUGCUGAAGGAGGGGGCCAACGUGUUGAUAGUGGCUGACCUUGGCUUUACGGCUCUACUCGCUUGCGCCCAGUACGGCAAGCUAGCUGUUUGCAAGAUGCUCGUGAACGCCGGUGCCGAACUGGAAGCGGCGACCUCUUCAAAUGGCUCUAGGCCACGUCACCUAGCUGCGGACAUCGGGCACGCCGCAGUCAUUAAGGCACUGAGGCAGGCGCCAAUCUCGACAGCCGCAGGCCAUGUGGAAGCGGUCCGGGCUUUCCUUCGUGCAAAAGCGAACUCGCUGUUGAUACGACUGAACGCUUCGCGGGAUAGCUUUGUCCCAUUGGACGCGGCGGCGGGGAAAGGGCGUUCCCUGGUGGUACGCGAGCUUUUAGGUCAGCUUGGGAUCGACGGCUGUGGUGGUCCUAGUAGGGGCCCACAUGCUCUGUAUCACGCCGCCAAGGAACAGUUUGUAGACACCAUGGCCGUUUUGGCUACUGCUGGAAUGGUCGACACGGGUAUCGCCCUUAUCGGCGCGAUCAAGGAAAAUCUGGAAGGGUCGAUCAAAUUCCUCUUGCGGCAGAGCAGCUGCAAGGGAAACCCACCGGUGCCUACCAUUGAAGAUGAAGGUGGCAGAUGGUGCUUUCCCAGGAUCGUGCGGAUGAUUGUUGACGCCGUCGCGGACACAACAUCGGCGGUUCGAGUGUUGAAACUUGGGCUUUUACCCGUGAAAGAAACCCCCCUAGGGCUCGCCCACAAGCUGAGCGCCGUCCACCGUUUGCUGCUGAGGGUUGAGGCACUUCACGCAGCCUCUUGGCUGUGGGUAAGCGAUGCCCCAGAUAUCGCUCAUACUGCAGAGGUUACAAAGAGGACCAAGGUGAUUCCGCCCGCGCGCAGCAGGAUGCUGCCGGUUCUAGGAUUGAGCACAAGACGCAACGCCCUUCUGUCGGCCGUGCUCAGGUGGGCAGGACGUAUUGGUUCAGGGCCGGAACUAUUGCGCUUAUCUGUUGGGUAUGUUGAAUAG